UCUAGCUGUAUGGUCGAGAGAAUCACACUUACCACAACCCCAGACUGUCGCUAUAGAACGAGUUGCUACCGGCGAGCAGUCAUCGGCAGAACCAGCGUCACGUGAAUAACAGAUGCAACCGACUAACUGCGUCAGCACGAUAAACCUCGAGAACUUCUAUAGAGUCCCCGAGCGUCGGCCCUCUUUGGCGUACACGAAUCAACGUUGGCAACAUGAAUGCCCCGGAGCAGUCGGUCUACACUCUCCUAGAGAGUGACCCGCGAUUGCGAAAGUUCAUGACAAGGCUGCAGCAAUGUCCGGAUUUGGUUGCAAAAUUGCAAGACAUAUCAACUGACUGUACCGUGUUCGCACCGGGCGACGACGAGACGGAUCCUUGGACGGGACUUGAUGGUUCACGAGACAUAUCGUCCUUGAUCAGCGAUCUUUAUCUCCCAACGUCGGCCUUGUCUUCAUUCCCGAAUGUCCCGGUGCGCCAUCAUUCACCUGGGCUGAACGGUCUGCAACUCCUGCGCACCAGGCCAAUCUGGCACCCUGGAUAUGGGCCAAGCUAUUCUGUUGAUUUCACUUCUCGAAUCACUGCAGCGGAUCUCUUCGCUCGGAACGGUGUCGUUCAUAUUCUCGACAAGGCUCCCAUGCCUCUUCUUGACAUUGCCACAACCUUGAGUGCUCUUCCCUCGGCGUCUUUUGGCAUUCUCCGGCGUGCCAUAAGCAUCUGUGAUUUCAAGCUGACCGGCGACGAUGCUGUCGAUCUAAGACGAGGAGGAACUUUCUUUGCGCCUACCGAUGCAGCAUUUCAAUCGCUUGGAGAGGAAGAGCUACGUGAGCUUCUCCAAAAGCCUUCAAUCAUCAGGACAAUUCUGCUAUCCCACUGGUCUCCCAACUGGACAUUGUACUCCAACAGGUUUUAUCGUGGCGCCGACGCGAGCACUACUAUAGAUGCCCCACCAGGUCGUGAGUAUCCCCGACCACGCGGAAAGCGGACCUUUGAGUUACCCUCGGCGGCAAGCAACGGCGCCAUGAUUGCUGUGGAAGUCGAGAGAAUCGAGGGCUUGAUUCAAAUGAAAGUCAACGAGCGGGCCAAUAUUCUGUCGGCGGACCACAUGUGUACUGACGGGGUGGUGCACGUUGUCGACCAGCUCGUGACGCCCGUUGAGACUGCGUUCAUCAAAUGAGACCAGGCAGGCAGAGAUCCAAGCCAUUCACCUCCCUUGA